CACAACUCCGAUACGAAGUCGUUUUUUUAUGUUGCCGAAAUGCCACGUGCGUCCACUUAUAUCAGUGCAUUCAUAACAACUUAAACAUUACGAAACUUCUAUUCGGUCAAAUAAGCCUCAGUGCCUCACGUAGAAAAUGUAAAGUAAAAAAAACGCAUUGAUUCCUCACUUCGUGGUCUUAUUUUAGUGUACAGCUUUUGGGCGGAGUACACCCUCUUGCUUUGCCCCUUCCUCUCUAUCCCCAGUCAAGUGACGUCUGAUAAAAAUGGCCACCUUCGUGUUUUGAUUAAUUAUACUUUUAUGUUUGUUUCAUUCUCCGUAGCAUUUGAAUAGAUAACACACAUUUUGUAGGAAACUCUGUCUUUCCCCUUUAAAUUUAUGACAAUCAAUACAAACUGCUAUUUGUUAGACUAUGCACAUGUGUGUAUAUUAAACGGAAAGCUAGCUAGUUGGCUGGCACAAUAGGUAAGCUAAAGCUAGCUGAAAGUAAAGGAAAAACGAUGGAGUUGAGUGCCGACGAGAUCCGCAUGAGGAGACUGGCAAGACUGGCAGGAGGACAAACAUCCCAGCCCAGCACUCCCCUGACAUCCCCACAGAGAGAGACCCCCCCUGGGCCCCUUCCUGGGACCUCAGGGGCCACACCCCAGCUCUUUCCACCAGCUGCCUCACACGCACUGGGACUCAAUGUCCAGAGUGUCACCUUUCUUAUGGGUGCCUCAGGUGUGGCGUACCGCAGUCAGAGCAGCGAGGGUGUGAGCUCCCUCUCCAGCUCUCCCUCCAACAGCCUGGAGACCCAGAGUCUGUCCAGAUCUCAGAGCAUGGACAUCGACACUGCCUCCUGUGAAAAGAGGGCAAUGACCCAACACACCUCCAGCCUGUGUAAGAGCUAUUUGACCAAGAAGGAGAGUGAUGGAGUGCUGCAUCAGAUGACCUGGCCUCCACAAUCACUCGACCUCAACCCAAUUGAGAUGCGAAUGACUGGGAUGAGGGCCUCUUUGGGUGUCUGGAGUAAAUGGCUCUCGUCCAACUCAUUUAAAGAGAUUCUUCAUCCGGUUCAAGGGAUAGAGAACAUGGAGGUGGAGGACAAUGACCGCAGGGAGAGGAGGAACCUGGCUGAAAAGGAAUCCGCUGAAACCUCCGAUGUCUCUGAAGAGCAGGCUCUGCAGCUCAUCUGUAAGAUCCUGCGUGUCUCCUGGAAGGAGCAGGACAGAGAUGUCAUCUUUCUCCCCUCGCUUGCCGCAGAGUUCCACCAGAGCAGCCCGAAGACGGUAGGGCAAAGAUUCUACUCUGACUUUAAAGACCUGAUUGGCCAGAUCUUGAUGGAGGUUCUCAUGAUGUCCAGCAUGUCGCACAUCCACAAUCCCUUCGCCAGCCUGACUUCCACGUCCCAGCCUAUUGCUGCUGCCAAAUCUCCCGACCGCCACCUGACGCUGGUUCAGCCCUCUAGCCAGGGCGGCAGUCCCAUGGCCACCAGUGCAAGCUCAUUUGGGACCAGCUCUCUGUCCAGUCUGGGUGUGUCUGCAGGGGGAAUUGACUCGCAAUCCUGCAGCGACUGCUUCUCCAUCGAGGCGUGCAUGGAGACUGAGAUGCUCAACUACCUCAUCGAGCGCUUUGACAGUGUCGGCAUGGAGGAAAGUAAGGCGCCCAAGAUUUGCAGCCACCCCAGUGUCAGUCAGCUCCUCAGCAACAUACGCUCACAGUGCAUUUCCCAUGCUGCUCUUGUCCUUCAGGGUGCCCUCACGCAGCCCAGGAGCCCCCUGCAGCAGUCCCUGCUGGUGCCCUACAUGCUGUGCCGAAACCUGCCAUAUGGCUUUAUCCAGGAGCUGGCCCGCAUGACCCACCAGGAGGAGGUCUUCAGACAGAUCUUCGUUCCAAUCCUUCAAGGGCUGGGUCUGGCUGUGAAAGAAUGUUCCUUCGACAGUGACAACUUUAAAUUCCCCCUCAUGGCUUUAGCUGAGCUCUGUGAGAUAAAGUUUGGGAAGACUCACCCCAUGUGCAAUUUGAUGACAUCUCUGCCCCUGUGGUGUCCCAAGUCCCUGGGCCCGGGGAUGGGCCGAGAGGUUCAGAGACUGUCCUUCCUGGGAGCAUUCUUCAGCCUGUCGGUCUUUGCAGAGGAUGACACCAAAGUGGGUGACAAGUACUUCUCGGGCCCAGCCAUCACUAUGGAGAACACUCGUGUGGGUAGCCAAACCCUGCAGCACUACCUGGAGUCAGCCCGGGGUGACUUGUUUAAAAUUCUCCACAACAUCCUACUAAAUGGAGAGACAAGAGAGGUAGCGCUCAACUACAUGGCAGCUCUGGUCAACCGCAAUGUGAAGAAAGCCCAGAUGCAGACAGACGACAAGCUGGUGUCCACAGACGGCUUCAUGAUUACCUUCCUGUCUGUGCUGCAACAGCUGAGCAUGAAGAUCAAGCUGGAGAUGGUAGACCCAUACUACAUUUUCCACCCCCUCUGCCGCCUGCAGGUCAGCCGUGAGGAGACCCGGCUCAAGGCCACCAUGGAAGAGCUCAAGACCUGGCUGGCCGAGAUACAUGACCCCUCCAAGUUGUAUGAUCCCAAGUUCCCCACAGAGUGUUUCUUUCUGACGUUGCACACCCACCACCUGUCCAUCCUACCAGGCUGCCGACGCUACAUCCGCAGGCUGAGAGCCAUUCGCGAGCUCAACAGGACGGUGGAAGAGCUGAAGAGUAGUGAGAGCCAGUGGAAGGACUCUCUGCUUGCCAGCCGACACCGAGAGAUGCUGAAGAGAUGCAAAAUCCAGCUUAAGGCUCAUCCUGACAUGACCCUCCAGCAUGGCAAUGCCACCAGCCAUACUGUUUGUUCUGUGAGUGAUUUCCUGCAAGACAGGAAUGUCAGUGUUCUGCCAUGGCCAGCCGAUGAGCCCGGAUCUCAAUCCCAAGAACUGGCAAAUCUGGCGUACACAACUCUACCACUGAAUCCCGAGAUCCCCAAAAGCUUUGCUGCUCUGCCAGAGUUUUACAUUGAAGAUGUGGCCGAGUUCCUCCUUUUUGUUGUGCAGUAUUCCCCUCAGGUCCUGUAUGAGCCCUGUGUCCAGAACAUUGUCACCUUCCUGGUGGUGUUCAUCUCCAGUCAGAACUACAUCCGGAACCCCUACCUGAUUGCCAAGCUGGUGGAGGUUCUGUUUGUCACCAACCCAGAUGUGCAGCCCCGCACCCAGCGCUUCUCUGAGAUGAUGGAGAACCACCAACUGUCCGUCAAACAUUUGGUCCCAGCCCUCAUGAAGUUCUACACUGACGUGGAGCACACCGGUGCCACCAGCGAGUUCUAUGACAAGUUCACCAUCCGCUACCACAUCAGCACCAUCUUCAAGAGCCUCUGGCAGAACAUGGGCCACCAUGGCACUUUCCUGGAAGAGUUCAACUCCGGGAAACAGUUUGUGCGUUACAUCAACAUGCUGAUCAACGACACCACCUUCCUGCUGGACGAGAGCCUGGAGUCCCUGAAGCGCAUCCAUGAGGUCCAGGAGGAGAUGAAGAACAAGGAGCAGUGGAAUCAGCUUCCCAGGGGCCAGCAGCAGAGCCGCCAGUCCCAGCUGACCCAGGAUGAGCGGGUGUCCCGCUCCUACCUGGCCCUGGCUACAGAGACAGUCGACAUGUUCCACAUCCUCACCAAGCAGGUCCAGAAGCCCUUCCUCCGGCCUGAGUUGGGGCCUCGUCUGGCGGCCAUGCUGAACUUUAACCUCCAGCAGCUAUGCGGACCCAAGUGCCGGGACCUGAAGGUGGAGAACCCAGAGAAGUAUGGUUUUGAGCCCAAGAAGCUCCUAGACCAGCUUACUGACAUUUACCUGCAACUUGACUGUGCCCGCUUCGCCAAGGCCAUCGCCGACGACCAGCGGUCAUACAGCCGAGAGCUCUUUGAGGAAGUGAUUUCCAAGAUGAAGAAAGCCGGCAUCAAGUCCACCAUCACCAUUGAAAAAUUCAAGCUGCUAUCGGAGAAGGUGGAGGAGAUAGUCGCCAGGAACUCGCAGUCCGAAAUGGACUACAGUGAGGCACCUGACGAGUUUAAAGACCCUCUGAUGGACACAUUAAUGACUGACCCUGUGAUACUGCCCUCUGGGAACAUCAUGAACCGAGCCAUCAUCCUCCGCCACCUACUCAACUCCCCCACUGACCCCUUUAACAGACAGCCUCUCAACGAAAGCAUGCUGGAGUCACUCCCUGAACUGAAGGAGAGGAUCCAGGCAUGGAUGAGAGAGAAGCAAGGCCAGGGACGUUUCCUCUAGUGACACCCCCAACCCCCAACUCCGGGGGUAAAGGAUGUUAUCACCACGACUGAAUUCAAUGCCAUCAACAAAAAAAUGAAAAAAAGAAACCUGUGAUUUUUCUCCCUUUAUCCUUAUUUUCUCAGAUCGUCAUCUAAAGGCCAUUGGCUCUAAAAAUGAAACAUAAUAAAAUUAUGACUUUUAAAAAAGAACA